GCUUCUGCCUGGUGACGUAUUUUGUCGGCGUCCACUGUAGUUCUACUAACCCGGUGGUGUAAAAUGGCGCCCGGGCGGCCGUCUUCGAGGUUGCGGACCGGAGGAUUUGCGGCGCGUGGGGAAGGGACUCCUCAGGUCAGAUUCGGAAACCAGAAUGGGAAACGCAGGACCUGGCGGCCGAAUCACCAGCAAGCCUUCCUAGGGAGCGUGCGCGAGGGACAGGGUUUUGCAUUUCGGAGAAAACUGAAGAUCCAGCAAAAUUACAAGAAAUUGCUGUGGAAGGUAAAGAAGGCACCAACAUCACAGGGAUCCCAGUUCGAAGAUCAUUACCCAGAGCAUCUGAAACACCUGUAUCUAGCUGAGGAAGAAAGACUCAGAAAACAGCAAAGAAAGAUUGACCUUGCUCUGUCAGAAGGACAACUUGACCAGCCUUUGCCUGAGGAGGAAGGCAACACUGAGCAGGCUGUGUCUGAAGAACAGUCGAGUGUUUUCCAGCCUCAGCCAGAGGAGCCGAGUACAGUAAAUUCUGUGACUUUUCCAAAGAAAAAGAGAAAGAAAACUUCAAACCAAAAGGCACAGGAAGAGUAUGAACGAGUACAAGCGAAGCGUGCUGCUAAGAAAUUCGAAUUCGAAAUGAGAAAGCAAGAAAGAGAAGAGGCUCAAAGGCUCUACAAAAAGAAAAAAAUGGAAGCUUUCAAAAUACUGAGCAAAAAGACUAAAAAGGGCCAGCCUAACCUGAAUUUACAGAUGGAGUAUCUUCUUCAGAAAAUACAAGAGAACAGUUGAAGUGGAUACUUCGUCUUUAAGGAUUGAGUCCUGACUGACUGUCGCCCCCUUUUGUAUGUGUAUCAGGAGCCUCCUAGCGGUGAACUCUUGUUGACAUCAAAUGGA